UCUGUGGUGCCAGUUGGCCAAGAUUUGGCAUGUGCAGGGACUUGUUUGGAGGUACAUCUCUGCUCAAUGCUCAGCAGCCCGUGCUGACUGACUCGCCAGCUGCUGCCAGGAGGAGCGAUCCUCUGUUCCAGCACCAGCCCUGUCCUCCAGCCAGCACCAACUUGCAUUAAUCCUGUGCACUAUAAGAGCUCUGCUUUUGUUGGGCUUGACCAAGGAUUUCAAAAGCUAUUGGCGAUUAAGGGGAAGGAAGCAAAGGGAGGGAGGAGCUAUGUACGGGCAGGCUGCUUGUCUAGCCUGGUUUCAUUGGAAGGAGAACUGAGAAAAGGAUUUGAGGGUGACUAAGUACAAGGAAGAAAGCAAUGAACAGGAUUUGAUGGCCAUUUUGUGUGAUGUGAGAGCACAAUGUAAUUUCUCCUGGGUGCACUCUGGGAGAAAAUCUUUCAUGUCCUUUUUUUUCUUUAUUUUUGGUGGGAAUAUUCUUCCUGUUCUGUGACACAGGGGUUCCCUCUUUCCUGUGGUUUCACUGUUUGUAUUUAACUGAGAGAAUAUACCAAGAAAUAAAUUUUCCUUUGAAACCUGUGUGGUCUCAUUUUUAGUGCUGAGAAUAAUGUUGAUUAUUCAGCUCUCCAGUGAUGCAGUUGGGGAUGGGCAGCUGGCAGUCUUGGGUUCUUUCUCAGCGCCAUGCUCAGAGGUUGGGUAGGUUCUUGAUUUGGUUUAACUUACUUAGUGAUCUGAUACCUUCAGCAGCCUCCUGCUUCUUGUGAACUUGAAGCUGCUUCUGCCCGUGAAGUGUCUUUGACAAGUGUUUUUCUCUGCUUUUUCUGUUCUGCUUCAGUGACUCUGAACCUAGGAAAUGGCAGUGAUGGGAAUUACGUGCCAGGGAGCUCCUGAUCCAGCCAUCAAGCACAAGAAGGAGCUCAUGGCUACCAAGGGGCUGAAUGAGACAGUGAGUGAAAAGCAGAGCAGUGUUUGCAAAGUAGAAGAGUCAAAGAAGGUCAUCUUCCACAGUCAGUGGAAAAUCCUGAAUGAUGUAAUCACCAAAGGAACAGCAAAAGAAGAAACAGGAGGAGGAUGUGCAUCAAUUUCUAUUAUUGCCCAAGCAGAAUGUGAAAACAGUCAGGAGUUCAGCCCCACUUUAUCAGAGAGAUCCUUUAUUGCUCAUAGUAAGCGUUACAGCCGCUCAGACAGUCUUGAUCAAAUCCCUAACAAUGUGGCCCAUGCAAGGGAAGGAAAGAUGGCACCUACCUGCUGGAGGGGGAGGCAGCGUGGGAAGACGAGAAGGAAACGUCACAAGAAAAGAUCCAAGCUGAAAAUACAAACAGUGGCUGCUGGCAAGCGAGGUCCCAGGACUCCAGAGCAAGAGAGCUGCACUCCAAUUCCUGUCCAGGAGGAUGAAUCACACCAAAAUCUUCUUUACAGAAACAGUUUUUGGGUUUCAGAAUUUAACAAGGACUCUAUGCGCUAUGAUCCGUUGUCUUUUGAGAAACCUGAGAAAGUUCUGUCUACAGGCAAACUCCACGCUGCAAGGAGCCAGUACAAAGCAGAACUGCACAAGUUGAUUAGCCCUAUUCAGUGUCUUAAUCAUGUUUGGAAACGGCACUAUCAGAGGGACAGUGUUCCACAGCCUGAAACACUUCAUCCUUUUCCCUACAACCUAAUACCCCCUCACUUCCCACAUCUGGACAGUUCUCUCCAUGCCAUGAAAUAUAAUGCUCUGGAGACAUACUUUCAUGGUGAUCUCAACUAUCAAGACGGUGAGCAUCAACUAUCUGGCCUAAACUUAGAAUAUAGUUUCUCCAAAUGCAUCAACCAGUCCAUGAAAACCAGCUCAGACAAGAUUUCUGUGGAGGAAUACUUGGUGGAUGCCUUGAAGGGGAGCGUGAGUCUUGGUGAACCACAGAAUUUAGCCAGCCUAGCCAAGACGUGGAGAGGAGGUGGUCUGGACCUGAAGGAACAACUUCAUGAAGCAGAUGAAAAUGAAGGCGUGCUACUUACUGAGAGACUAAAGCCAGUGGAUUAUGAGUACCGAGAAGAGGUUCAUUGGACCAAAUGUCAUGGUUCUUUGGGCAUUGGCUCUUUUGGAGAAGUGUAUAAAAUAGAGGACAAACAGACAGGCUUUCAGUGUGCUGCCAAAAAGGUACAAGUUGAACACUUCCGUGCAGAGGAGCUAACAACAUGUGCUGCAGUAACAAGUCCUAAAGUUGUCCCCUUGUAUGGAGCUGUGAAGGAAGGACCAUGGGUGACCAUCUUCAUGAAGCUGAUGGAGGGUGGCUCACUAGGUCAGCUAAUUAAACAGAGUGGCUGUCUGCCAGAGGACAGAGCCCUCAGUUAUUUGGGCCAGGCAUUAGAAGGCUUGGAGUAUCUUCAUGCUCAAAACAUUCUCCAUGGAGAUGUAAAAGCGGAAAAUGUGCUCUUGUCUGAUGAUGGAAGCAGGGCUCUUCUGUGCGACUUUGGCCACUCCGCUCACCUCCAUCCAGAUGGCCUGGGAAAGUGCUUGGUCACAGGGAACUAUGUGCCUGGCACAGAGACUCAUAUGGCUCCGGAGGUGGUCAUGGGAAAGCGGUGUGAUUCCAAAGUGGAUGUCUGGAGCAGUUGCUGUAUGAUGCUGCAUAUGCUUAAUGGGUGCCACCCUUGGACCCAGUAUUACAAUCACCCACUCUGUCUAAAGAUAGCUAAAGAGCCACCUCCUCUGAGGGAAAUUCCGCCUUCCUGCAACCCUCUCACUGCUGAGAUUAUUAAAAUGGGCCUGGAGAAAGAGCCUGUUCAGAGAGCAUCUGCAUCUGAACUGAAAACAAAAACCAGUAUCGCACUUGAAGAAGUGGGAGGUGUGACAAGCCCCUGGAGAGGUGAAUACAGGGAGCCUAGGCAUUUAUCUCUGAACAAAGAAAACACUCCCCAGACAUCCCUGUCCCCUACAGUGAGCUCGGUUUCUGAGACUGGUUCUGACCCAAGAUUGGCAGUCAAAGUUUCUUGUGUCCUACCACCACCAUCUCUGGAGCAAACGGAGGAGGUUGAGGGAACACCUUGGAAUGUGUGCAUAGGAACACCUGAGGCCUGGGAUCCUCUGCCUCUUGCCUCAGCUCCUCUCCCCCUGAAGAGCUGCAGCCAUGUGGAGAGAGCAACAACCAUUUCAGAGCAAGAGCUUCAGCAGCUAGAAAUAGAACUGUUUUUGGACAGCCUUUCACAACCUUACUCUCUGGAAGAGCAAGAACAAAUGCUUUCAUGUCUCAGCAUUGACAGCCCGUUUGUGUCAGAUGCCAGUGAGAAGAACUCCAUAAAGGCCUGUCACAGCUUGAGGGACACUAUGAGCUCUGGGAUUCAUUCCUGGAACAGCCAGGCAGAUGGACAGAGCUUCAGCUGGAAUAACCUGUGGAGCCGCAGUCGGCACACAGACACUCCCAGCUAUUUCAAUGGAGUGAAAAUCCAGAUCCAGUUGCUAAGUGGAGAAAAUUUACACAUCAGGGAUUUCCACAGGACAAAGGUGGGAGACAUUGCCACUGGGAUAAGCAGCCAGAUACCAGUCCCUGCUUUCAGUCUGGUUACUAAAGAAGGCCAGCCAGUUCACUACAAUAUGGAGGUCCCCGACUCUGGUAUUGAGCUGCAGUGCACCCUUGCACCUGACUGCAGUGUCAGCUGGACAUGGCGAGUCAAGCAUGGUCAACUGGAGAACAGGCCAUGAGCUGUUCCUGUUUUGGAGGUUUUUACCUUGUUGAAAGAAGGAAUUGCAAAAGGUUCCGACCACCACCCCUGCCGUGGAGCACCAAGUGCAGUUGCUGGUGUUUUGUGCUGAAGUAGAAUAGCGGCUCAGCAGCUCACUGCUCUCGAGCCUCACUUCUAUUGUCUGUUCUGACCCAGUUCCAAGACAUGUCCUGAACUUAGGUGUUCCCCAGAACAGCGGGAAUUACUUGUUUUGGGUGUGUUAGGUUGAGCUUGAGAAUGGUGGGUGGAAAUUCCUGCUUUUCAGAGGAAUUCGAUUGUGCUUUUCAGGAGUAGAGGGGGAUUGGAUGAGAACUCCUGUUGCUCAGCCUCCGAGGUGAAGCCAGUAGCUGCUGGGCUUGCCCAAAGGAGGAGGUUGGGUGUCUUCAGUGUAGUUGAUCGUGCCAGGGGGAGCUGGCUAUCUUCACUCUAGCUGGAGGAAAAACUCAGUGUUUCUGUUGGCUUUGGGUAGCAUCAUCUCUACCUCAAGCCUUUUGCAUGAGGAAAAUCAACAGCAGUAACUGGCUGGGUUCUUGGUUUCACCUCCCAUCCUUUCCCACAGACACUUCCUUCUUGAAUCAGAAAAGAACUAUCUUCCUAGAAAGAGCUCUGCUUGCAGCUCUCACCUUCAGGCUUCCUCCCUGGCUUAGGAGCUGGUGCCCUCUGUGUUGCUUCCAACUCUGGCAGGUAGGGCAGGAGGAAGGUGUGGUAUUCCUUGGUGGGAAGGGUGGAGGGGUUGUAUUCCUCCAUCCUCUUUCCACCACUGACUUGGGACUCAUCGUGGACUGUCCCAUGCAGGCAGCUCCCCCUGGAAGGGGAAAGGGAUGGCAGGCCCCCCAGCCCAGACAAGGGCUGACUUUGUCUACAGCAUUUAUAAAAACCUCACUCCCAGCUAUCACCCCAUCCAUCCACUCAGCCCCAGGAUGGGAGGUCAGUGUCCCACAUGUGCAUGGUGUGAGCUCAGCCUGCCCUCACCAGCACUCAGGGACUGGCACGAGUCCUCCUAUCACUGCCAUUAUUGCAAGACUUGCUCAUGGAGUGGGGUGGGCAGCUGGGCCCAGGAUGCCUUAAGCUUUCAACUGUUUUUUUCCUGAUGUGUCAAUUGUUAUGAGUGUACUGAAGCAGCAUGGGUCCCAUUCUGACGGGCUGGUGAUGCUAAGCCUCCUGUAAGCCAGAACAAAGGCAGAGGGAGGUGUAAGCUAGGGUAUAUUUAUUCAGGACUGCUCAAAGCCCUUACACACCUGGAAAUCACUUGACAGGGUGCUGUUGCUCUUCCAGAGUGUUGUAACUGCAGUGGCCUCUGAGCAGGGGCUAUCUACAUCCAGGCUGAGCAGAGAAACUGCUCACAGAAAGCAAGGUAGGCUCUGACAGAUCCAUGCUGGCUCUGGGGGUACAACAGGACAGGAAUGUUGGCAGUUUCCUCAAGUGAAGUUCACUUAGGAAAUAGCUGGGAAAGUUACACCCUGGACGUCCCUUUCUGAGGAGCAAUGCUCCUUUAGGAACUGAUACUCGUUUCCUUUGGUCUCCCAGGGCAUGGGCUGGUUUCGAUAAACUUGGUAGUCACAUCCCUCAUCAAAAACUAAAGUUGUGAUCUAAUAAAAAAGUGGAACUCUUGAGGAAAAAU